GAGGAAGUUCAUUACCACAUCCCCAUUUUCAUUUGUUUUUACUCAACAAGACAGAACCUUCUGCUUCUCAAACAUAAAACACAGAACCUUCUUCGUUCAUGUUCUGCUCUCCUCUUCUGCUCUCUGUUAUUCUUCUCACACAAAUCCACAUCACAAACACCCCUUACUUCAAAAUUGAACACACCUCUUUUCUUCCACUCAAGUUUCAAAGUCAAUUGGCAAUUGGAUAUUUAGUACAAUUCGAACUGGGUGAGCUCAGGUUUAGCCUCUGAGAGAUUCUCACUCUUGCCCAGAAAAGAGGGUCCUUCAAAGUUUGGACCUUCCAGCUCCAGAUGGCUUCUUCCAGCUCUCUUUCUGAAAAGGGACAACGACCUGCCGUUUCUGAAGACUCUCCGGCCUUCUGCUUAAGGAUUUUCAGUCGUGAAGAUCUCAAAGACGGGAAGAAGGAACUUCCGCCAGCAGCUGUGAGGGAGUAUGGACAUCAAAUGUCAGACCAUAUAUAUCUCAGGGUUCCAAAUUGUGGAGAGCAUUGGAAAAUAGAAUUGAGAACAUCACCUCGUCGUGAUCGGAUGUGGUUGGAGAAAGGAUGGGAAGAGUUUGCCAGCUUUUACUUACUAGACCAAGGCGACAUGGCAACCUUCAGCUCUGAAGGCGAACAUUGCCAUUUCCAAGUAAGCAUCUAUAGUUGGGAUGAUAUGGAAAUAGAAUACCCUAUUCGUGGUGGAGGAGCUGAUGUCAGUACACCAGAAAGAAUAGGAACUGAAGCUGUAGCUAUAGCCGUUUCACUUUCCCCCAGAUCCUCUACUGUUAGACGUGGAAAAGAUAAGGUCAGACGACAAAGAAGGAAACCCACAGGAUCUGAAGCUGGAGCUGGAGCCAUUUCAAUUAUGCCCAGAUGUUCUGCUGAAGAACAUGAAUAUCAUAUUUCCCAAUUUAGCAGUUUCAGGUCAGACAAGCCAUUUCUUGACAUCAGAAUUCCAUCCAAAACCUUAGCCUUUCGUGUGUUUAUAAAUCAAGCUUUUGCCGCGGAACAUUUCUAUAAAGCAGACACUUGCUGUGAUGUGACGCUACAGAAUAUUCAAGGUGACAAAGUUUGGACGAUUCAGUGUUGUUCAUACAAAAGAAGUAACGGAAGAACACAAGCAAUAAUUUCAGGUGCUGGUUGGAAAGCAUUUAGGCUGGAGAAUCAUCUCGACGAAGAUGAUAUAUGUGUGCUGGAGGUGAUAGGGGAACGCAAGUGCAGAGCUUUGAUAUUCCGAGCUAAAAAGUGAAGAUAGCAUGUAUUGUUCGUAGUUCCAGAGCAUCCUCUUUUGAGGGUAGAUUGAGGAAAAGUUAAAUAUCUUCUUGAAGAAAAAUUAGUGGUAGAUGGAGCUCAGAGGAACUGGGGAAGUAUUGCUAUCAAUGUAAAAGUGACUGCUUUUGGUUGGAUUUGAGUAUUACUUCCAUUUGCAGAUAUUCCCACUUCU